AUGUCAUCUCAGUUGUUUGCUAGGACCAGUUCCAGCGUCGAAGUUUUCCAAGGGUAUCCAUCAUUCGAGCAGAUCACGCCUAGUAAUAAGAAGAGCCAGAAUGAUGGCGAAGGAGAAUCAGAAGUUGAAGGGAAAGUAAUUCAGUCUUUGUUGUCACCAUGUGGCCGUUUUAUGGCCAAGUCAUACGAAAACAAGGUAAUUCUGCUAAUUGGCGAGAACUGGGAAAAUACCUUGAUAGAACUACCUCUAAAGAACGUCUACGAUCUAAAGUUUUCUCCAAGCGGAAACUUUUUGUCGACUUGGGAAAGACCAUUGGUUGACGAUGCAGAACAUUUAAACUGUAAGAUCUGGCAUCUAAAUGAACACCCAGUGUCUACUGAGCCAAAAUACAGCUACAAAGUGUCCACCCAGAGUUCAUGGACUUUACAAUUCUCUCAGUUAGAUGACUAUGCUAUCAAGUCAUUUGGUAAGGAACUCCGCAUCGUUAAGUUGACCGGUGAAAAUGCAUUCAAUUUCGACAAGCCAUUUGCCACCUUGACCCCAGAACAACCAUUUACAACUUACCAGAUAUCCCCUGCCGAACAUCCAACUAUCUGCACAUUCACCAAGGAAAAAUCAGGUAAGCCAGCACAGUUGACCAUCUGGCCUAUAACCACCGGUAAAAUCACCAAGCAAAUCGUCACCAAGCAAUUCUUCAAGGCAGACUCAUGCCAUUUGAAAUGGAACUCAUUGGGUAAUGCUAUUUUAUGUUUAACUACAACCGACUUUGACCAUUCAAACAAAUCCUACUACGGUGAGAACAAUCUAUAUUUGUUGUCCUUCCAAGGUGUUAAUGGCUCCUUAGGAGGUGAAUCUGUUCGUGUACCACUUGGAAAAGAGGGUCCCAUCCACGAUUUCCAGUGGUCUCCAACCUCAAGACAGUUUGGUGUCAUAUAUGGGUUUAUGCCGGCUACUAUUACGUUCUUUGAUUUGAAGGGUAAUGCCAUCCAUUCUUUGAACGAACAAAGAAAAAACACGUUGGAAUUUGCGCCAAAUGGGAAAUACAUUCUCGUCGGUGGUUUUGGUAACCUUCAAGGUUCUGUCGACAUUUUGGAUAGACACGACAAGUUCAGAUGCAUUAGUAAAUUCAGUGCCGCGAACACCUCGGUAUGCAAAUGGUCACCAGGUGGUGAGUUCAUUCUUACUGCUACAACUUCUCCAAGAUUGAGAGUCGACAAUGGAUUGAAGGUCUGGCACUACUCUGGUACUUUGGUAUUUGUGAAGGAAUACAAAGAGUUACUAAAGGUUGACUGGAGAACAGACUGUCCAUUCAGAAUCAUUAAAGAUGGCUACCUAACGAACGGGAAUAAGUUGAAGGAUGAGGAAUUGAGACAAGAUCCUAAACUCAAGAAACACCAACUAGAGAUUCACCCAGUUGUUACUCAGUUCAAUUUAAAGAACCCUAACAAAUCAUCAUCUAAUUCAGGAGCCAAAAAGCCCGCUGGUGCUUACAAACCACCACAUGCGAGAAGGGCCAAUGUCGUCCCAGGUACUAACAAGCCUAGAUCUCCUCAACCCACCUCUACUCCUAUUCCACAAACUACGGCUAGUCAAACUUCCCCAGAGGAAAAGAAGAUUAGAUCUUUGUUGAAGAAAUUAAGAGCCAUUGAUGCACUAAAAGUAAAGCAAGCUGAGGGGGCUAAAUUGGAAAACACCCAAGUCACGAAGAUCGAGUCUGAGCCCAAGAUUCUAAAAGAGUUGGAACUACUUGGCUGGAAGGGCGAGAAGAUCGAUUCAUAA